CUACCCAAAAGGGGCGUAAAACAAACGAUAAGAAGUGACAACGGACGGCCUGUGCAGAGCAGGACCUCAGUCUCCGGCACCGCUUGUUAAUCUUUCUCAUCCCUCAAACACCUGCCCACUAAUCAUGUCAGGUUACCCACAAUAUCCAGCGGGUCAGUAUCCCCCAAAUCCCACUGCACCGCCUUAUCCACAGCAGCCAUAUCCUCAGCAGCCUUAUCCUCAACAGCCAUACCCACCUGUACAGCAGCCUCCUACUACUGUGGUGGUGCAAGAGCGACCACCCCCAAUAGUAGUUCAGCAAAGGCCUCCUGCUGUGGUUGUACAACAGACUCCUCCUCCAGUGGUGGUUCAAGAGAAGGUUGUGGUUAAGGAAAGUAGGCCUGGAAUGGGAGGCUUGGCUAUGGGAAUGGCACUUGGCAUGGCAGCAGAAGCGGCCAUUGAGGGAAGUCACCAUCACCAUCAUCACCACCGUCGCCAUCAUGGGCAUCAUCAUGGACACCAUCAUGGGCAUCACCAUCACAGGUGGUGAAUUCAUGGAAAGAUGAUAAUGUGAUAUUCUGAUUUAUCACAGCAGUAACUACCUCCAGUAUGGUUGACAUAUAAGGGUAAUCCCUAUAAUGAUGGAGGCAUUCAAAAUAUUAUUUUUUAAUUACAUAAAUUAUUGUGAUUUCUCAGACUAUGCAUCAGUAGUAUAAAAUAACUAGAAGCAGGCUGUGGCUAGUACUACAUUCUUUUGUAUGUAAAAGAAAAUUAUUGAAUUGAUUAAUGACUGAUUAAUUGGUAUGUUAAGGAGAAAUAACUGAUGUUUAAAUAAAAAUAAAAUGCAAGACUGAAGUACUAAAGACUAGAUACUCAGUGAUGUAUAUGAAGUAAUAAUUCUAAUAAAGACUUUCCCAUAUA